GAAUGGACCAUGAAUAUCAUGAAAGCAUUUUGCUGAUGCAGGUUACCAAUCCGACCCACACAGUGCUAAGUCCCAAACCGGCUACAUUUCACAUAUGGAGGCACGGUCAUUUCAUGGAGAUCAGUCAAGCAGACUAUAUCAGCCACAUCAUCCAAUCACUCGGAGAUAUUGGCGAUCCAUGAAGCAAGUAAGGAGUGUGUCUGGUUGAGACUCAUGACACAUCAUAUUCGGAGAGCAUGUGGGAUCACAGAUGGUAAAGAUGGGCCGACCAUUCUUUAUGAAGACAAUGCGGCCUGCAUAGCUCAGCUCAAGGAUGGAUACAUCAAGGGUGACAAGACUAAGCACGUUCUCCCCAAGUUCUUCUUCACCCAUGAUCUACAGAAGGAAGGAAAGGUCAAGGUACUCCAAGUCAGAUCAAGCGAGAACUCAGCCGACCUUUUCACUAAGGCAUUACCAACAUGCACGCUCAGGAAGCUUAUGCAGCAGAUUGGUAUGCAAUCACUGAGAAACCUUCAGUGAUGUUCACUUCAG